CCUCUAAACUGGCUGGGGCCAUCAGGACAAGCUGUUUGUUGGCCCGCCACACCGGGGUGGAGUACAGAGGGCAGGUCAGAGCCAAGAUUCCAGCUCCAAAACACCCCGCAGAAUAAAAGUGAAAACUUUUGUCUAAUUCAGUCUUCCCUUCAUUUUCUACACACUAAACCCACAUCUUGGGUUUUCAGGCCCAUUUAAACUUGGCUCCUGCUGGGGUGCAAAGGUGGGGGCAGCACAGGGGCCCUCCCGCUCUAAGCUCCACCCUUUCCUUUCUGGAGGCUGGCUCCAGAUCCCUCCCACUUGGAAUUUAUAAACGCUUCAGCUCGGAGAACAGUUCUGCACCCACCCCACCCCACAGCACCUGGUUCGCCACAGCACAAAGUGGUCACAGGACCGACAUCCAGAGAGGUCUGGAUUUCAACACAUGGCGUGUCAUGAUGUUGUUAAGGCAAGUCGGCUGCCCUCUGCCCCCGACGCCGUGGAAUGGAGCUCAUCCAAGACACCUCACGCCCGCCGCUGGCAUAUGUGAAGGGAAUCCCUCUCAUCAAGUACUUUGCAGAGGCCCUGGGCUCCCUGCAGGACUUCCAAGCCCGGCCUGAUGACCUGCUUAUCAGCACCUACCCCAAAUCUGGCACCACCUGGGUGAGUGAGAUCCUCGACAUGAUCUACCAGGGCGGUGAUCUACAGAAGUGUCGCAGGGCCUCCAUCUUAAUCCGGGUACCCUUCCUUGAGUUCAAGGCUCCAGGUGUUCCCACAGGUUUGGAGGCUCUGAAAGAUACACCAGCUCCACGACUCAUUAAGACACACCUGCCCUUGGCUUUGCUCCCUCAGACCUUGCUGGAUCAGAAGGUCAAGGUGGUCUACGUGGCCCGUAACGCAAAGGAUGUGGCUGUCUCCUUUUACCACUUCUACUACCGCAUGGCCAAGGUGCACCCAGACCCUGGCACUUGGGACUGCUUCCUGGAGAAGUUCAUGGCUGGGGAAGUGUCCUACGGGUCCUGGUACCAGCACGUGCGGGAGUGGUGGGAGCUGAGUCACACUUACCCUGUUCUCUACCUCUUCUACGAGGACAUGAAAGAGAACCCCAAGAGGGAGAUUGAGAAGAUCCUGAAGUUCUUGGGGCGUUCCCUGCCAGAGGAGACCGUGGAUCUCAUUGUCCAACAAACGUCUUUCAAGGAGAUGAAGAAAAACUCCAUGGCUAACUACAGCACCAUACCCGCUGACAUCAUGGACCACAGCAUUUCGGCCUUCAUGAGGAAAGGCAUCACGGGGGACUGGAAGACCACCUUCACUGUGGCCCAGAAUGAGCGCUUUGAUGCUGACUAUGCCAGGAAGAUGGAGGGCUGUGGCCUCAGCUUCCGCACAGAGCUAUGAGUGGUGUCCCUGGGAGGCAUGCUCAAGGCCCUGCAGCUGUGACCCGUCCCCAGCCUCAAAAAUAAAAUUC